GGCAAAUCCCACAUCGACAAAGCAUGGGAGAGAUCCAUGGUUCAUAAGUAAGAAACCGACCUUAACUGACAAGACGCGUUUUGGGGUGUAAUGGAAGAGCCUCUCUGCGUCCCUCUUGAACGAUGGUGAGGAAAACCUCAACGAGGACGUUGAGCCCAAGGGGGGGGGGGGUGAAUGUAACACCUUAGGCAAAUCUCACAUCGACAAAGCACGGGGGAGAUCCAUGGUUCAUAAGUAAGAAACAGACCUUAACUGACAAGACGCGUUUUGGGGUGUAAUGGAAGAGUUCUUGUGAGAACUCCGAAGUUAAACGUGAUCAGUGUGGAGUAAAACAAGGAUGGGUGACCUUAUGGUAAGUCACCUUGAAUUGCACCCCAAGUCAAAAACCGUGAGGGUCGAGGCCCAAAGCGGACAAUAUCUUCGUCAAAAAAAGGUUCGGGAUGUUAUACCUAAUGUGCCAUCAAGUGGAUGGCAUAUGUAUGAUGUUCAUCGUCAACAGCCAAUUGCAGUGGAUGGGAUGACAAGGACACAAUAUAGAAGGCUUCUUCGCAAGAAUUCUCAACAGAAGAGGACUUACAACAUGCAUACCAAUGUUCGUGUGAACAACUCUGCUGCCACUGGUCUCAGGGUCACAGUGUCUGAUAGCAGCAAGAGUUUGGAGAAGAAAGAGGAAGCCCCAACGGAUGAUGGAUAUGAUGCAGAGAUGGAUGAAUCCUUCAUAGAGGAGGAGAUGCUGGAGUUAGAGCAUCCAAGGUCAAAGUUUGAUCGGAAUAGCAAGGAUGAUGAGGACGAUGAUCAUAAUACAUCCACAACCAUCCAGUUUGCGAGUUUGCCACCUGUCGUGGUAAAUAACUACAUUUUGCCCAUGAUCUUUCACUUUGAAGUGGACGGCGAGAGAAGAGAUGGUGAAAUUGAAGCGGAGAUUGAGGAAGUGGAUGAAGCAAGCCAUGAGCAAGCCAUCGCAUAGUUGGUUGGUGGGUUUGCUGUUGCUUGUCCCUAAGCAACGACUCAAACAACACAAACACAAAAUCAUCCAAAACAAUGACACAUUACAGACUCAACAAUCAAACACUCAAACAAAACAAAAUUUUCCUUGUACUCUUGUUGUAAUCAGUAGUUUCUUUCUCAAGAACAAGUUGUGCUUUAAUGAUCAUAUCUUUCACCCCACACUCAAGUUCUUUGCAACCAUUACCAUUGACUGACUCAAAUCCACCAAAAACUCAAAUAGCAGCACUCAAUUUCGAUCGUCGGUAGCGGAUGAUUAACAACUUAUGGUGCAACAGUUAUUAGGAGAAUCUAACCACAUCAGUGAGGUGCAUAUCUCGUGAAGACAAUCUCGCUUACUCACACCAAUCAAAAGCAAUUAAUUAAGCAUGAGUCU